CCCGUUUCGGUUCAACAUGCCCUAACUCGUGAUAUUAUGCCGCGGGUUCGGCUUGAGACACGACGAGAUUUUACACGGCUGGCUCGCUCCUGGACGUCCAUUGUUAGCUUCAUUACAUUCGGCUCUGUCGAAUAGAACCCGGGGACUCUGGGGUCUGCGGGGUGCGGGGUGUACAAGGGGCUCCAUUGCUCAUGGUUGUGGGCAAUAAUUCUUUGGUUUCCAUGUGGCUUCUCACCGGCAGAUCUGCUUGUAGUUAUAACCCACGGUUCCUCCCCAUCCAUUGAGGACACCAAGCGCUUGCUCUCUUUACCUUCGACAGCCAACUUCUCCCUUUCUAUUUCGAAGGCAAAGGCAAAGGCAUCAAACUUUACGUCGUCGAAAUUGUCACUUCCGUGGCUGAACCGCCGCCAUGGGGAAAGCCGUAACCAUCGGAUCCGGUAUCUUCUUGUCCAUUGGAGGCUUCUUGUUUGGUUAUGACAGUGGUGUGAUAACUUCGACUAUUGGCCAAGAGACGUUCAUUGAGUACUUUGGCAACCCAAAUGCCUCCGAAACAGGUGGCAUUGUAUCAUCUUUCACCGGAGGGGCUAUCAUCGGUGCAUUAUCGGUGUCAUGGCUUGCAGAUAGUCUAGGCCGCAAGAAGUCCGUCUUCAUCGGAGGAGUCAUUUCAUCUUUCGGCUGUGCGCUACAAGCCGGUGCCGCCACCAUUGGUAUGCUGAUUGCUGGCCGUUUCAUUGCUGGAAUCGCCGUUGGUCUUCUAUCCGCUAUUGUGCCUAUGUACUGCUCCGAAAUUGCUGAGGCCUCCUAUCGUGGGGCCCUUAGCGGCUUACUCCAAUUUAUGUUGUCCUGGGGCUUCUUCGCUGCCCAAUGGAUUGGAUAUGGUUGUAACUACAGUAGUACUGCGUUCCAAUGGCGCUUCCCUCUAGCAUUCCAAGUUGUUCCAGGCCUUGCACUUGCGGGUGGAAUAUGGUUCCUUCAGGAGAGCCCAAGAUGGCUUAUGGAGAAAGAUCGCCAUGAUGAGGCCCGAGAGGCACUUCGUCUCCUCCAUGGAAACGGCCACAACGAAGAAUAUCUUGAGCUCGAAUACCGCGAAAUCCAUGACACAAUUGUUGCCGAGAAACAAGUUUCCGUGCGUUCCUGGGCUGGAAUGGUUUCGAAGCCCGCCUGGAGGCGCCGCCUUGCUUUGGGAAUGGGAAUCCAGGCAUUCGGACAGCUUUCCGGUAUCAAUGUUGUCAACUAUUAUGGCGUCCCAAUCUAUAAGCUUCUCGGCAUCGACACCCGUACAUCGCUUAUGAUCAUUGGUAUCUCUGGGUCUCUUUCCAUCGUUUACUGUGCCCUUGGUCUGUACUUCUUGGAGCGUGUCGGCCGCAUAAAGCCGAUGAUUUUCUCCGCUAUUGGCUGUGCACUCACGCUGCUUGUUAAUGCCAUCCUCAGCCAAUACUACGUCACCAGUGCAAACACCGAAAGCGCCAAUGGAAAUGCACUGCGGGCAAUGGUUGCCAUGAACCUUGUCUUCAGUUUCUUCUUCACCUUCACCGGAAUCAUAACUUGGGUGUACCCAGCAGAAAUCUUCCCGGUUGAGAUUCGCGCUCGCGGCAACUCGCUUUCGACACUUAUGAACUGGUGUCUCGGGUUGCUCAUUGGCCAGAUCUCACCCUUGGCGCUUGAUGCUGUCGGAUUCCGCUACUUUUAUGCCUUCUUCGUCUUUAACCUAUGCGCUGCCAUUUGCUAUAUCUUUUUAUUCCCUGAGACGAAGGGUAAAACACUUGAGCAAAUGGAUACCAUAUUUGGUGACCAGCUCGUCCCACACGCGCUGGAAGGCCCAGAGGCGGCCGAUGCAGCCCUGAAAAUCUUUCAGGAGAAGCAUGCUGCUACCGCCGAACAAGAGGAGCACGCCGAUGAAACUGAGCCAAAGGCUUAAUUGUGCAACGAAUCGCCUUUGGGAAUUCAGCACGGACUUGCAGCACUAGUUGAUGAGUAUCUUUGGGGACUACGUUGAGUAACCUCGUUUUGUUGCUCGCGGCAAUUAGAGAUCGGU